CUGCGCCUGCGCGCCGCGGCGGGGCGGCCCCAUUGUGCGGCGCUGGGUACCGCCGCGGCCUCUGCUGCCGGCGAUGGAGGACGGCGGUGGUGUGGGAGCGAGUUCUGCGCCCUCGGGGCUCCCCGCCGGGCUCUCGGCCUCCCAGCGCCGAGCCGAGCUGCGGCGGAGGAAGCUGCUGAUGAACUCGGAGGAGCGAAUCAACCGCAUCAUGGGCUUCCACCGGCCCGCGGCGGGCAAGGGAGAUGAAAGUCAUGCAGAACCCAAGCUGCAGCUGGAACAGGAGAAAUCAAACUCCCUUCCUUCCGUUUCCAAGCGAAUCGUUCUGGGGGACUCCGUGUGCGCCGGGGCAGGCCCCGCCGAGCAUGCAGGCAGCGUGCUGGACCUCCGAGGGGAGAAGGACUUGUUCAGCAGCGCUCCGGAGCGGGGCGGCGAGGCCACCGGCGAGCUCCGGCACCGCAGCAGGGGGGACCUGCCGCCCGAAGCCGCGCCGCGGCCCCCUCGGCACGGCUUGGAGCAGUACUUGUCCAGGUUCGAUGAAGCCCUGAAGCUGAGGAACCAGCUGAUGCACGAGAAGCCGAGCCAGGAGAACGGGAAUGCUGCGGAGGAGUUCGACUCCUUCCGUGUUUUCCGGCUGGUGGGAUGUGCUCUGCUGGCCGUGGCCGUCAGGGCUUUUGUCUGCAAGUACCUGUCAAUAUUUGCACCGUUUCUUACUCUCCAGCUUGCUUACAUGGGGCUUUCCAAGUACUUUCCAAAGUGUGAGAAGAAGGUGAAAACCACAGUGUUGACUGCUGCUCUGCUGCUGUCUGGAAUCCCUGCAGAGGUGAUCAGUCGCUCCAUGGACACCUACAGCAAAAUGGGAGAUGUUUUCACAGACCUUUGUGUCUACUUCUUCACUUUUAUCUUUUGCCAUGAACUGGUUCUGGUGUUUGGUUCUGAAGCACCCUGAUGGCUGUAGAAUCCAAUGCAGUAGCUGCACUAAAGCUUUCUGGACUGUUUGCUUAGUGUCUGGCCACACAGACAGGUUUAAACCUUCAUUAAAAUCCUUUGUCUGGUCGAAUGCUUGAGAGGAGCCUUCAGUCCAGGCAUGCUGGGAAAGGGAGAGAAGGGUCCCAGGCUCAGUUGUGUUGGUUCUGUUUAUUCAAAUGCUGUGUCUAUCUGUUACAAAUGUGAAGACUAAGAUGUGUCAGUGGAUGACUUGUUUGGUUUAGUUAGGUGAUGCUGCCUCAGCCUCCUUCAUAAACGUUCUCCAAGCUGCCUUUGUUCUCUUCAGGGAGAACAGAGAGAAUUCCCUUCAGCAGCAGCAUCUGUGUCUCUGGACAAGGCUCCAGUGUGACUGUAGCUAACUGCAACUGCUCAUUCUGUUCCGUUCAUCUUGAGAAAGCUCUCAAUAAAAGGAAUCCCUUUACCCUGUUGUCCAGUCUGAGACAGUGGAACCCAGCUGCUGCUUCAGGAGAAGGUUGGUGAAACAUGCCACUGUGUUCUGCAGCAUUUGUUGUCCUUGUGAUCGAUUCCACUCCAUGACUGUCGUGCAUAGCAGCUAAGCAAGACCCAGCAAGCAGGCCCUGUUGCUUAUGAACUCACUGGUUGAGAAGCAGGGAGGAAUGCCAUGGUUAACCUCACCUGCUGCUGAGUUUCCAGCAGCCUGAGCUCACAGGUGAGCUACACACCAAAAAUUCGGAUGCCUUUGUUAUUUAACAGCUCAUUCCAUGAGGGGAAGGUUGUGUGUGUUGGCAGCCAGCCUGCAGUGUCAGACAUUUCCUCCAGCACAGGUAAAGCUUCAAGGACACUGGAAGUGUUUCUAACUCUGUGCAGGGAGGCAAAGCCAACUUCUACUGUGGCAUUAAUGUCUGCGAUUGCCUCUUUAUUGCCAGACAUUUGCAUGGAAACCGAAUCUAACUGCAGAGGGAGGAGGUCUCCUGCUGUGGAGUGCUCCAGCAGCCUCUGAGCAGAGCUGGUAGUGUGUUGUGGUGUGCUUCAGGGACUGCCCAGUCAAACCACAGCAGCCAUUCCUGUUUACAUCUCAUGCUACAAGUGGCAGUGAAACAGAAAAUAGUGGCUUGGAGUUGAGUGUUGCUUGAAGACACCCAGAGAGGUGGGAGAUGUCCCAUCCUUGGAACCAUUCCAGGCCAGGUGGUUUGGGGCUCUGAGCAGUCUGCUCUAGUUGCAGUUGUCCCUGCUGAGUGCAGGGGGUUGGACUGGAUGAGCUGUAGAGGUCCUUUCCAGCCCAACCCAGUGCAGAGGGAGAGGGACAUUUGGCAGUCUGUGGCUGUUCAGACUCAUAGAUCAAGUCAAACACAGGUGAAUCCUGUUGCUGGACAGCAGCAAGCCUGUGACUGCUCCUGUCAGUCUGGUAGGAGUUCUGCACGUGGAUGGAGGGAAUUCUUGCAACAGCUGCAGUGCUCCUAGCCCGUGAAAAUGGCCACUGAGGUUACAUGUGGGGACAUCCUCACCUUGCAGCUCUCUGCUUGGAAUCUGGACCUUCAGGUAGCCUAGGCCAAAGCAUCUUUUUUAGCAUAGAGAAGCAUUUCUCUUGGUGUUUGUCUGCAGACUCUUUUGGGAGGGUUAAGCAGAAGUGUUUGGUGAUGCCUCUGUAAAGCAAAGAGCCAUGCUUUGUGCUGAAUCUUUCUGUUAAAGCCUCCUGCUCCAAUUCCAGUGCUGCGUUUCUGCCUCCCAAGCUGUUUGUGCCUGUUUGUGGCAUGAAAAGAAGGAGCUUGGGUUUUUGUUUGGUAGGUUUUUGUGUUUGUGCCGAUUAUUUUAUCAUGUUGCUUUAACAUCUGUCAUGUUAGAGGUGUCCAGGGCUGGGCUCCAAAAGUCUGACUUGGGUCUACUGGCACCAAUAUUUAUUCAGAAGCUCCAAGUGUGUUUAUCUUGGGCAGGAAUCUCAGCAAAAUGAACUGGCUGUGCUUAAGGCUGAGUUGUGUAAAUAACGAGUUUGCUGGAGAGCUACACUUGUUCUGCCUCUAUUUAUAUCCCCAGAUGGCAUACAAAUAAAUGUCCUAAAUACUGAAUGCUAACAUCUGCAAAAGUCAAAUCGUUUGUAAUCCUCAGCAUGAAAAUGUUCAUCCUCAUCAGUUAAACAGCAGGAAAAGAGCUGACCCAGCUGCUGUACAUCCCUUCAGCCCCUUGCACCGUCCUGUGCAGGAGAGAUGGAGUGAGUGAGUGUUCUCAGGUGGUGGAAGAAAUCUUGAGAGACCCAUCCUGGAGCUCUUCAGCAUGUGGCAACUUGGGCUUUGUCCGAUGAUCUCAGGCUGGACUGGAGGAACUCUCCCUGCCCCUGGGUGAGCAGACACAGUGCUGGGAGAGGCUCUUCUCCACCUUCCCUGGAAAAAUGAAUCCCUUUUACUCCCUUUUUAACUUAUCUCUGUCCAUAUACAGACUUCUGUUGAGUGUUUAUUGCCAAGUUGAUUGUUUUCUAUUAAAAGUCUGUUACCCCUUC